AUGCCAUUUACUAUGGCUACAACAAAUAGUUCAGUGCCGACAGUUGGCGCCACAACUGCUACAACAACAACAACUUCGAUAACAUCAGCUGGUGCACCUGGCGAAAGUAUUCAUCAUCAUACUCAAAGUGCAUCAC